AUGGGCUCAUGGCCUGCUGCUCCGAAGAGCCAGACAAGCGCAAUGAGCCUGCAUACUGAGGCUAACCGUGAGGAGAGAGGCUCCUGCCACAUCAGGGUACAAAGAAAUAGACCGAGACUCACCUCGAGAUGCACAGCCUGCUGGAUCACUGGACCAUCAAGGGGAUCCCCGUUACCCACACGGGACUUACCUGAAUGCCACACAGCACCCCAACAUUACCACGCAAGUGGGCCGCUGAGCCUCGUGCAGGGACUUCUGUGGAGGGUCUAUGAGUCCAGGGCUGGAUCAGGGACUACCUCUUUCUGA